AUGGUGCAGGACAUGCCGCCAAAGGGCGGGUACGAGCCCGUCCAGUACAAGGUACGCCUGAACGCAGCUCCCGGCAUCAGCUCCCGGCCUCAACUGCCAGCCUUCAUUCUCCAUCCUCAGCUUCCGCUUGAGCUUCGAAUUCCAGCUGCAACCUCGAUGGUCGGCCGCAAUCUCCCUGCCAAGGGCUUCCGCCCCGGCAUCCUCCUGCUUGGCAUGGGCGCCGUCAUGGGCUACGGCUGGUACAAGCUGGUCCACGGCAUCCGCGAAGCCAACGAACUCGCGCGGGAAAAGAUGUGGGCGCGCAUCCACCUCAUUCCCCUCCUUCAAGCAGAGGAGGACCGGGACCAGGUGCGGCGCUACUUGGCCGACCAGAAGCGCGAAAAGGCCCUCAUGGGCGAGAACACCAAAGUGUACCAUAGCGAUAGAUUUGUGAGACCGACGUUUGCCGUGGCCCCCGCACCGACGGAAGAGUGA